AUGGGGAACAUAAUCAGCCUAUUUAANAUUUGGCUUGUACGAAUAUUAGUUCAUAAUGGUUUAGCUGUUUAUGGUACAUGGCUUUAUCUUGCAACAUUACUUAAUUUAACUAUUUGGAUUUCACAAAUAUAUAAUAAAAAUGCUCAAUCAAUAACUGAUGCAUCGACUGCAGCGCUUACUUUUGUACUUGUUGGAAUUAUAGUUUAUUUUGUUUGUGAAAAUUUUAUAUUUUAUUCUUCAAUGGCAUAUACAUUUGUACCAUGGUUCGUUGUAAUAUUUGCCCUGUCAGGUGUUCUAUCAAAAAAUUACAAGAGAAAUGAUAUUCCUGAUAGAAAUAAAUUCUAUGUACUUGCUUUACUUAUUAUUUGUUGUAUUUUAUUUAUUAUUCGUCUUGGAUUAUUUAUUAUGGGUUAUAUAAGAAAUCGAAUUCCAACAAUACAAGAACCUUGA